ACGAAGAAGAAAAGGAAGGGCCGUAAGUGCUUGCUGUUCUUCUUUAACUCGCGGUUUCUUCUAUUCAGGCUGCUACAGGUUCCUGAACUUUCUUUCCACCAUGGCCAACAAAUCUAAAGAAGAGCCCAAGACUGCUCCUGAGUUUGGUCGGUGGUACAAUCUCACUCUAGGACCUUCCUUCAAAGAUGAAUCCUCCAACAAAUACUGCACUCUGCGAUAUGAAUUUAAGCCAGCUUCAGUUGAUAAGAGUAAGCCAGGGUUGCUACGCAAGACCAAAGAGAAUAGGGUUUCUGUGGAAUUUCAGAACAACCAAGUAGGAAAACCCAAGGUGACAUUUGAGGGGAAUAGUGAGGAAUACAAGGAAAAUGAUGCUGUAUUGUUCUUUGAUGGUGAGACACUUCGAUUGGAGCGGCUUCACAGGGCUGUAAAGCAACUGCGGCAUCUACGGAUGCCUGGUGAAUCUACAGCUGCUGCUACAGCUGCUGCAUCUGGACCAGCUUUGGAUCCUCGGUCAUCCCCUGUUGGGAAGCCCGUAAAACCACCACCUCUUGGCAGGAGCUCAUAUCAGGCCAUGCCAGUUGAGGUGGAACGUAUUGACAUUGGAGAACCUGAGAAUACUGGCCUCAAAUCUGGUUCCAAGAGGUCAUCUGAUCAUCUAUCUGAACCACCACCCUUUACUUCUGCUAUCUCACCAGGUCCCAAAAAUGAAGUUGAGGAACAUCACGAUAUAGAUAUUGAUGAGCUUUUCGGCAGUGGAACACCUGAGGACGACAAUAAUGUUGAAGAGAAAGAUAAUGUUGGAUUUGACAUAAAUAUUCCCCAUACUGACGAUGAGAUUGCUGACGUGGAUGAUAGUGGUGAUGAGGUGGACAAAGGACCCAAUGCUGCAGAAGCUCUGAGAGCCCAGGUGAAUGCAGAGGGGAGAGAUGAGCAAACAUCUACGUCUACUAGUAGCAGUGGAAGUGGAAGUAGUGAAACCGGUAGUGGUAGUGGGAGCAGCAGCAGCAGUGAUAGUGAAGGCAGUGAUGAAGAUUCAGUUAACUCAAUCUGAAGAACAAAUUGUACAUUCAGGAAUGUAAAAAAGUCAAGCCGUGUUCAGCCCUAGAACCCUAUAUUUGACGUACAAAUGAAUUUAGCCUAAAUUUAAAGCUUAGAGUUAGGUUUGUUAGAUGAAUAUGAAAUUUGAACUGUGAUUAAUGCAUAUAUAACUUCGAUUAGUUUUUUAUUUAUCAAAUCUGAAAUUGAAUUUGAAGCUUAGAGCUUGGUUUGUAAGAUAAAUAUGAACUUGGUUUGAUUAUUUCAUGUAUAAGUUGAUUAGUUUUUUAUUC